AUGGCUGAGAAUACAAGCAAAUCAAGUAGGCUUGGUCACCCGAGCACUAUUCUGAGGCUGUGCAACAGGGCUGGAGUGCUCUUUGAAGAUGAAGAUACAGAGAAGGUAAAAGGAGGCAGGGGAAUCACAAGGCGGAGCUUGGAAGGUGCUACUGAUGAUGACAAUCAAGAGGAAAGAAGAUCCCAAGGAAGAAGAAGAAGACCACAGGUGGAGGGAGAGCAAGCUUCUAGUGCACUGGAUUUGAGUCAAAUGCAGAGAGCCAUUGAAGAAAUGUCUCAGCAAUUCGUGAGAGCACAGGAGCAACAUCAAGAACAAUAUUUGAGGCAACAGGAGCAGUAUCUAAAGGAUCGAGAGCAACAAGAGAACUGGCAGCGCCAAAUGAUGGAACGACAAGAGAUAUGGCAGCAACAAAUGAUGGCUCAACAAUAA